CAGAAAUGGCUGAAGCUCCCCCACGGCCCUGCCGGUUUUUUUGUCACCGGUGUUCAGCAGAGAUUAGCCCACGUUUACCGGACUACACCUGUCCACGCUGUGAAUCUGGUUUCAUUGAGGAAUUGCCUGAGGAAAGAAGUACUGAAAAUGGGUCCGCAUCCACAUCCUCCUCCAGUGAUCAGAACCGCUCAGCCUUUGAGAAUAUGGAUCACCAACACUUAUUCACAUUUCCCUCUGGGUAUGGUCCAUUUGCACUUGGGAUUUUUGAUGAAAACUUUGACCUGCGAACACGGCUACCCACAGAGGACAACCGAGAGACAGAAAACAGGAGAGAACGGGAAAUGGCAUCACGGCAACGAUACAGUGCGCGGCAACCACGGGGUCGGCAUGUUCCUCGAAGACAGGGUACGCGCCAUGAAGGAGUGCCCACAUUAGAGGGAAUUAUCCAGCAGCUAGUAAAUGGAAUCAUAGCACCUACAGCCAUGCCAAACAUUGGAAUGGGACCAUGGGGCAUGUUACAUUCGAAUCCAAUGGACUACGCCUGGGGCGCCAAUGGACUUGAUGCUAUCAUUACACAGUUAUUGAACCAGUUUGAAAACACUGGUCCUCCACCUGCAGACAGAGAAAGGAUAAAGAGUUUACCCACCAUCUCUAUUACAGAGGAACAUGUGGGUGCUGGUUUAGAGUGUCCUGUGUGCAAAGAAGACUACAGCGUUGAGGAGAGUGUCAGACAACUGCCAUGCAAUCACUUGUUUCACAAUGACUGUAUAGUACCAUGGCUGGAACAGCAUGAUACGUGUCCUGUGUGCAGGAAGAGUCUUAGUGGACAGAAUACAGCCACAGACCCACCGGGGUUAUCAGGAAUGAACUUCUCUCCCUCCUCCUCCUCCUCUUCCUCCCCGAGCUCACCUAGCAAUGAGAAUGCCGCCAGCAACUCAUAGAUUUUCACCGUCACCACCACCUCACAUCUGAAAACCUCACGCCCAGCUGAGACCCAACAAGUCUUCUCUACAGCUGAGACCAGGACAGUUGUCUAUCUCAAUUCUAGGGGACGAUAUGAGUCGAGGUGAACUCUGAAUGUGUUGCAGACUAUUAGUCACCCACCCCCACUCCCAUCCCCCCACCCCCUGUGCUGAAUGGAUGCUGGGUCCAGCUCCUGCUGCUAUUGUUAUCAAGUGUUUGAGGAGGUGGGACUUUGCAGUGUUUAAGGAGGAUCCAGAGAGUCUGUGAAUAAUGAUAACAAUAAUAAUAAUAAUCAAGUGGGAUUGUGACCAGAACUGGGGCAGAGUUUGAACCAGAGUGGACUGCUUUUUGAUGGAGACAUGUCUUUGCCACAAGGCUGGGACACAUUUUAUAUUUAAAAGAAAAAAUGUUCUUUUUUUUAAAACAUUGCCUGUGGUGGUGCAGAGUCCAUAGAUGUGUAGAUAGAUAAUUCAUUUUGAACUGUCAGCCACUGUACAGCUAAUGGAUCAAACUAAAACCUUGUGGAAAGGAAACUGAGUGUAUGCAUCUGGUUUUUAUUUAUUUGCACCUUUUGUUUUCUUUAUUUUGCACAAAAUUCUGUCUGAUGUUGAGAAUGUGAAUUUGGGUAAACUACUGAACAAAAAAACAUGUUUUUUUUUUUUGUUUUUUUUUUGCAUUGGAUAAGUCUUUUAGGACUUUUUGUUUUUAUUAGAGCUUGAUCCAGUGUAUUUAGUGUAUCUUGACAAGGUAAAGAUCCUCACAGCUCAACAGUGGACACAUUUUUAUUCCUCAAGUGAAAAAUUUCACAAACAUACUUAUUUAUUGAACCCUUGCCCAAGACACAAAUUGGGCAAUGUAAAAGAAAAAAAGAGUUA